AUGGGGUUUGAUCCAAAAGGCAAAGGCGCCAGAGAUAAUAAUAGUAAUGAAGGACCUGAACCGUUAAGCGUUGAUGAUUACGAGUUAAAUUGUUCAGUCCCCUUUAUGUGCUAUUUGAUUAAUGAAGAAACAAACCAAGAAUUCGGAUUUAUGCCAGCGAAAUCAAGCAAUCAAACUGAGCACGAACAAGGGAAUGUUAAUUGCAGCAAAUUUGCGGCCAGCACAACCGAUGAAGCCAGCACAAGUGCAGAAAAUGAAGAAUUUGGGGCGUUAUCAACCUGUUGUUCUGGGAUUGUUGUUGAUCCUUCAUAUUGUGAGUUGAAUUAUGGAGAUCCUUUGAUGGGCAAUUCUUUUAGUGGUGAAAGAAGUCAAGCAUUUGGGUGUAUGACAAACAAUUUUGUGGGCGACAGUUUUGGUUUCAAUGGUGCAAUUGCUGCUAUAUAG